AUGGCUAUAGUUGAUAAUCUAAUUGAUUUGUCUUUACAAGUUUAUUCACAAUUUGUAUCAUUUUCAUUAUUAAAACAAGUUUUAAUUUUAAUUAUAAUACCAUUUUUAUACAAUAUCGUAUGGCAAUUUUUAUAUUCCUUGAGAAAUGAUAGAGCUCCAUUGGUUUUUUAUUGGAUUCCUUGGUUUGGUUCUGCUGUUGGUUAUGGUCAACAACCUUAUGAAUUUUUUGAACAAUGUAGACAAAAAUACGGUGAUGUUUUCAGUUUUAUGUUAUUGGGUAAAAUUAUGACUGUUUAUUUAGGUCCAAAAGGUCAUGAAUUUAUAUUCAAUGCUAAAUUAUCUGAAGUUUCAGCUGAAGAUGCUUAUAAACAUUUAACUACACCUGUAUUUGGUAAAGGUGUUAUUUAUGAUUGUCCAAAUUCAAGAUUAAUGGAACAAAAGAAAUUCGCUAAAUUCGCUUUAACAACUGAUUCUUUUAAACGGUAUGUUCCACAAAUUAGACAAGAAAUAUUGAAUUAUUUUGAAUCAAAUAAAAAUUUUGAAAUGAAGAACAAAAAUGAAGGUGUUGUAAAUGUUAUGAAAUCUCAACCAGAAAUAACUAUAUUCACUGCUUCAAGAUCUUUAAUGGGUGAAGCAAUGAGAAACAGAUUUGAUGAAUCAUUUGCUCAAUUAUAUUCAGAUUUAGAUAAAGGUUUUACUCCAAUUAAUUUUGUUUUUCCAAAUUUACCAUUACCUCAUUAUUGGAAAAGAGAUGCUGCUCAACAAAAGAUUAGUGCUACAUAUAUGAAAGAAAUUAACAAAAGAAGAAUAAAUAAUGAAAUUGAAGGUGAUAAAGAUUUAAUUGAUUCUUUAUUGAAAAAUUCAACUUAUAAAGAUGGUGUUAAAAUGACUGAUCAAGAAAUUGCAAAUUUAUUAAUUGGUGUUUUAAUGGGUGGUCAACAUACUUCUGCUUCAACAUCUGCUUGGUUUUUAUUACAUUUAGCUGAACAACCACAAUUGCAAGAAGAUUUAUAUAAAGAAGUUACUGGUUUACUUAAUGAAAAAGGUACUAAAGAUUUAAAUGAUUUAACUUAUGAAGAUUUAAACAAAUUAACAUUGGUUAAUAAUACUAUAAAAGAAACUUUAAGAAUGCAUAUGCCAUUACAUUCAAUUUUUAGAAAAGUAAUACAACCAUUAAUGGUACCAAAUACAAAAUAUGUUAUACCAAAAGGUCAUUAUGUUUUAGCUUCACCAGGAUUUGCUCAUACUUCAGAAAAUUAUUAUAAUCAGCCAGAAAAAUUUGAUCCAUAUAGAUGGGAAGGAAAUAGUUCUACUAGUGCUGAUGAUGGUGUUGAUUAUGGUUUUGGUAAAGUUUCAAAAGGUGUUGGAUCUUCAUAUUUACCAUUUGGUGGAGGUAGACAUAGAUGCAUUGGUGAACAAUUUGCUUAUGUUCAAUUAGGAACUUUAUUAACUACAUUUGUAUAUAAUAUUAAGUGGAGAUUACAAGGUAAAGAAAUACCUCAUGUUGAUUAUAAUUCAAUGGUUACAUUACCAGAAGAACCAGCUAAUAUAGUUUGGGAAAAAAGAGAAACUUGUAUAUUUUAA